ACCUAGUUCUUUAUUUCUGGAUUCAUUAAAUAUUAUGCAAAAUAUUGAAAUAUUGCAUUCUGCAACUUAUCCAAAUGUAUUAUUAUUCAUGACUUAUUUGCGUAGCACUUGGCUACCUAUAGCAUCCAAAGUAUCUGAGUAUCUGUGUCAUGUUCGUACAAAUAAUUUAGUGGAAAGUUUCCACCACAUUGCAAAUCAAAAAGUUGGUACAGUUCAUCCAAAUCUAUGGGUAUUUUUAGAACACUUGUCGGAAAUUAUAACAAACCAAGAAAUUGAUUAUUCUCGCUUGCGAAAUAAUAUACGUGUUAGAAGAGCACGCACACAAUUUAAUAAGCAAAGAAAUAUUCAAAUUAAAGAAGGACAAAGUGCUCUUAUGAAUGGUGAUAUUUCUUUAGAACAUUUUUUACGUAUGUUUUCACGCUUUAAUCAACAUUAUCAGCAACCAGAAUUACUGUCUGAAGCCAAUGAUCAUGAAGAAAUAGAUGCGAGUUUACAUUCAGAUAGAAUUUUAGAAUCAGCUGAAACUAGAUCUACUCAAAAUUGUAAUCAAAGACGACAUCGUUCUCGCAAUAGUUUACCGAGACAAGAGGAAGUUUCUCCAUCCAUUGAAUCUUCAGAUAAAAUUGCAUUUCACUGGCAUUACAUUUCUGUCAUAACUUAAUUUUAUUUUUCAAGAAAAUGAAUAAUUUUAAAAGAUUAGAUUAUUAAAGUAA